GGGAUGUGAUUUGGCUAGAGUUUCCAACCAAGAUGAAGUGGUUGUAUGUAUUCUUAUUUACGACUGCAAUUACAUUGGUAUGGGGAAAGCCAAAGUGCAAUGUUACCGAAGAAAUUAUUGAAAGUAUGUAUUUGAAAUAUAUUUUAUAGCUUUGCUGUGCAGUUUUCAGAACGAAAAUAAUGUUAUCACUGGUAUUAUUGUUUAGAAUUGCUUGGAAGUGUUGUUGUGCUUUCUCGGAUUUAAACAGCUUUUGAGGCAUGCAUAUACGGUAUUCUUGCUGAAAUUAGACCCAAAGUGCGAUAUUUUUCGCCUCUGGUACAGAGAACAACGACAAAGUCAUUAAUUAUUUCAAUAUUGUGUCCACAAUUUUGAAACCGUUCGUCUAUGCAUGCUCUUGAACAUAUCGAACUAGCGAUAAAGUUAUCUCGACAAUUUUAUUCCCCGAAGGCGAAGCAAGGAAAGGGUUCGAUAAUUUCAGGUAGUAAUUCGUAUAUAACAUAUCGUCUAUAAUUUCUAUUUCAAAAGAGAAAUUAGACGAUAUGUCAUAUACGAACUGCUUCAAAUUACAUUAUCACGCUAGAGACAAAGAAAUUUCAUUUGUUUCAUUUACUUUAGUGUUAAUUUGUAUUGACGAGGUUCACAUUUGACUUCCACUACCGCCCCCACUGCCUUGGUUAACAUCAGGUACGCAUCUGAUUGGUACGCAUCUGAUUGGUUAAUUGGAGAUAUCAAACGUACCUGAUUGGUUAAUGGUCCCUUAAUGGCAGCGGUGGCUGCAAUGGAAGUCAAAUCUGAACCUUGCUAUUAUUAGAAUUAAGUAGCAAAUUUGGAAAAUAACAUUUCACUGUCAGAACGUGGAGGUAGCUGUAGUCAUAAAAUUAUAAUUGGGGAUAAUUUUGAAACGUGUUUAUUUUUCACAUUUAUGUACAGGACCAACAUGUAUGGAUCUGUCAAACCCAAUAACAUGUGCAGCAUGGAAAAAGCAUAAUUGGUGCUAUGAACAGGAUGUUCGCAGACAUUGCAGGAAAACAUGCGGCCUUUGUGAAAGUAUACCAUAGAUUCUCGUUUUGAUAAUCUUCAAUAUUCUUACAUGACAUUAUUUGCUACUUUGAAUGAAGAUCAUAAUGCAAAAAAUAGAGAAAAAUCAACAGGUCAUAAACUGAGAGUGGGAAUGAAAUAAAGUCUCGCAGAGUCUCGCCUCCGAACCUUCAGUAUUGCAUAUUAACACCAUUCCAAUGUUUUAAAUAUACCACUGCAUGACAAGAGGCGCUCAUUCCUGGUCACUCAUGGUCAUUUGUGGUCACUCGUGUGUGCUUUUAGACAAGAUCCUUUGAAUAGGGGCGGGGGUGAAAGUAAAUUCUGCCGAGUUAAUAGUUGAAGACAAAUUUUUGCCUAGUUAUAUAUUGCAGCCACUAAUUAAUAUUUUUCCCUAAAAUUGUUGGCAAGCGGAGGGCGGGGGCGGACUAAUUUUGUGUUCAACCAUUGUUCUACGUUCCAUUUGUACCUAAUUUUUUCGUAAAUUUCUCCACAUUUUAGUUACCUGCAUCAUUCUUAAUUUUUAAUCGGUGUCACUCAAAUAUUUUAUUAUUUUCUUCCUAUCCAAAUCCUUUUUUUCCGAAUGGGAUUCAAAAUAUUGCCGCUUACCGGCUGACUGAAGGGAGGGGAUAUUAUACCCCACUGACACCAGUUCCUCUGUGUCCUAAUAAUAGUUUAAAUUCGUGGAUUUAUGAUGAUUUAUUAUUUUGCUUCACAUUUUCUUAGGUUUUGUCGAACAUUUACAAAACUGUCUGGUAAAGAUCCCCAUGUGCUAGUUAGAAAUGACAGUAGUAUCAUAUAGGCCUGGGGCCCGUUCGAACCGGAUUUGCGAGAGUGAAUGAGAGUGAGCAAAUUGAAUGAUCAGUAUAUGAGAGUGAACGAAUUAGACGACUGCCCAUGGGGUUCCCAUGGGGGGCUUAAACACUACUUUACAUAAAGCAAAGAGAUAUCAACGAUUGUAGACAAUAAUUGUGAAUAGGAUUGCGGAUAGCAUUUUGCAAAUAGGCUGGAACUUGAUCCAAAAUAUGUAAAGAAAGCAAAUCAAAGAAAAAGGCAGUUUUUUCUUGCGAUGUCUAAGUAAAAUCAAAGUGUAGGUAUAUUUGGUAAGUAUAGCAGUGCUUCUUCGAGGAAUUCUUCCUCCACAAAAAUAUAUUCUGUUUUCGCGUUAAUAUAUUCUGAAAAACAAAGCGAUAAUAUUUUCCCCGAGCCGACGGCGCGAAACGCCGUGCGAGGGUACUAAUUCCCCCGGCUAUUUACACCCGGGGAAACGAAAGCACUGAUUGGUCCAAUUUAAAAUUUGCAUUAUAACGACUGCAUGACGACAGCGAAAUAGCACACAUUUCUUGGUUUGAUGACUUCUUGCAAAUAUAUUUCAUUUUUGCAAGAUUUUGUAAAUUUCAAAAGCUUUUUGAUGAAAUAAAGGCGAAAGAAUUGCUAAAAGAAGGGAUUAAAUUCACUGCAUUCCAACCUGUCACGGUCAAUCACGUCUAUCAACUUCUGACUGGUCCCUCAAGCAACUCGCCCGGGCGGCUCGUCCAAACAUCACUCGUACUAUUAAUCCCUAAUUGUACGAGCAACAUCGCAUGACUACUUGUUUAUUAUUAGCAUGUCAAAAUUGGAUACGUACUUCUCAAUGUCAGUAUCAUAUUCUCUCGCCAAAGCCCAGUCCUGCCAGACUUUCAACCAAAAUUUGGUGCUUUUGUUUGUAUUUCCAUUUAGUUCUUUUGUUCAAGCAAAAUUUGGUGCUUUUGUUCGUCUUUUCGUCUAGUUCCUUCACGGAAAUUUCAUUUCACAUCUGUGUUUAAAAUACCUUUCCGCCAUUUUGUUUGUUUUGGGAAAAUCAUUAACUGUACUGCAGUACAAUUAAUGAAAUAAUUGUACUCCUCUCAACCAAUCAGCAUCCAAUAAUUUUGUCAUGCUAAUAAUAAGCAAAGUUAUUUGCAUGCGAGAAUUUGGAAUCAUUUUAUUUCGAACGCAAAGUUUAUCGAUAGAGGCAGUUUAGUUCUAUAUAAAUACUAUAUUAAAAAAGCACUUUAAAACGUUUUGCGAAGCGUUUGUAGUUGAAUUUUAAUAACAUACCUAACAUAUAUAUUUUUGGGAAAUUUAUAAUUUUGUAAUUAUAAGUGAUAUUUUUAGGGGAUUUUUCAUUUGUAAAAAUAUUCUUAAAAAAUUAUCAUGUUACCAUGACAACUACUUUAAAUAGUUCACGUUCGGAAAAUACAAUGGUUUUGUCAGCGAGGCGGGGGUUUCUGCAUGCAUGUAUUUUCUCGUAAUAUAUAUAUAUAUAUAUAUAUAUAUAUAUAUAUAUAUAUAUAUAUAUAUAUAUAUAUAUAUAUAUAUAUAUAUAUAUAUAUAUAUAUACAGGGUGUAUAAAAAAAAGCGCAAUCCUCGACUGAAAUGUAAAUUGCUAAACAAAUAAUGGACGAAAACGUUAAAGUUUGCAUUCAUUUUAAAGCGUAGCCAUUCAGCUUUCUAACAGUGGGUUGUUUCUUAAAUUUGACUCAUUGGUUCGUGGGUAAUAAUACUUUACGUUAUUGCGAUUGGAGAUUAAAAAAAUUGAGAUGGAAUAACAAAUCGUUCUCAUGAAAAUAACUGAUUUUUUCAUUAAAACAAAAAAUGUUGCAUUUUAUUAAAUGGAUUGUAACAAUAAGUAUAAUUACGGCUUUUCUUCCACUAUUUUUAACUCAGUUUAAAACUUCAAAUGCGAUAUAAUUUUGGCUUGGACCAUCUAAGCUGACUGACAUCAACUUGCUAUAAUUUCUGUUUACAUUACAUCGCAAUUCGAUGACACUCUGGCUCAGACACCAGAAUGUUUUCACGAUUUUUAGCAUUCGUUUAGGAUUUUCAAACAACCUGGUCUUUUUAAAAUACUUUUAAUUUGUUCUUCGUGGUUUUCCAGAUGUAGUGACGACAACAUUAAAGUUUAAAGAAGAAAAUUCUAACAUUUAAACCGACUAAACAAUAACAUAGUAAACUUGCAUAAUUAAACAGCAACUAAAAAUGAUAGGUUUUACUAAAUCUUUUCCUGUGCAAUUAUUACUAGCAUUGGAGACAAGGAUAAUAGUUUGUUUGAAAGAAAAAAGAACAGGCUUUGAAGUAAGCCAAAAAGCGUUUAACUAUAGAGAUAGUAUUUCGAAAGUUAGUAAGCACAAAAGAUGAAUUGCGUUUAUUUUGAUACACCCUGUAUAUAUAUAUAUAUAUAUAUAUAUAUAUAUAUAUAUAUAUAUAUAUAUAUAUAUAUAUAUAUAUAUAUAUAUAUAUAUAUAUAUAUAUAUAUAUAAGCGUUUGGGGAGGUUAACGAUACCCUAGGGCAUCGCUAACGUGAACUACGUGUAACUGCAAUUUACGCUCAACUGUGUGGUUAAAGUUAUCCUCUAUUUAACUGCUAAAGAGGCAGUAAAAAAGUAAUUAAGAAUUUUGUACAAUCGUCCCCAGUCAUUUUAUCGUCUCACCUCCGAGCAGCAGCUUUUCCCUUUCCUUUGUUUAGCAUAUCAUAUUAUCAUUUAGAAAUAUUUAUGCAGAUCUUUACUUUUAACAUCUCCCCUGGAUCUACCCCCUGCUAUCUUUACAAAAUAUUUAACACUCAUUAGACUUUUUCAUGUUUCAUCUCUUUUUAUACACAAUUAACUGACAUAUUUUUUGAGGAGAAGAGGAGUUUUUGGGCCUCGGUCAGAUUCCUAUCUUUUACGGAUUCCUGUUUUGUUUAGAUAAUUAUGCCCUCUUCAUUUUUUUUUAUUGUUAUAGAAUGUUAUUCAGAAAACCUCUUUCAAGAAACCAGUCUGUGUAAUAUUUAAAAAUAUUUUGAUAAUUUCAGAUAUUGACGAGUGUUCUCUGGGAAUCCACAAAUGUCAUGCUCAAGCAAGUUGUAUCAACAUUAAUGGGUCAUAUCGUUGUGAAUGUCUCGUUGGGUAUUCUGGUGAUGGAAGGAUGUGUAAAGGUAAGUAC